AUAUAUAACCCUUUAAAAGGAAACAAAUGACAAUAAAAGCUAGAGAGGAUAUGGAGAAGCAGGAACCACUGUUUCCACUCCGUGGAAAUUUAAACUGGCACAUCCAGUGUAAAAUCAAAGUGGAGGUUUCUCAAAAAGCUAAAUAGAGCUGCCCUACGACCCACAUAGCACUCUGGGGCAUAUUCCUAAGAGACUUACUGUACCAUGAGAGAGCUACUUACACAUCCAUAUACUGAGCGAAGUAACCUAACCCAGGCUCAGAUAGUCAGAUUACACAUACGCCUGAGCUGCCUCCAAAUUCCUAUUUUUUAUUUUCCUUUCCUCUGAGUCUCUUUCAAACUCUGCAUCUCCCCUCUUCCGAGGCAUGUAGUUCACAAUUGGUAGGUACUUUCUGGUCCUCGGCUUCCUCGGCUCCAGCCAUUGGCAGCACAUCCCCUCAUGUCCACCGUUACUCCUGGCUCCUUUCCACUCUUCCCUUGUCUUAGCUGGAACUGAACUCCUAGGAACUGUUUCUUGAUUCCCAUAGCAGGGGCUUUUUAUGACACCAUAAAAUUUCACUACCCAAUGAAAUAUGCCUUUGUUUGUGAUUAAUACUUAGGACAUUUCAAAGGGUUGUUUGUUUCUUUGUCUCCUGCUAGACUCUGAAUUUUGUAUGUCUUCCUGGUCCAUUCAUUGCUUUCUGGAACUUAGACCAAUGCCUGCAUUAUAGACUAAGGAAACAAGUGUAUCUGUCCAACAAAUUUGUUACUAUGUCUCUAUAUCCAAACAUCCCUCUGUUUUCUGCACAACAAAAGUUGCAACAUCCUGUCCUUAAGAACCAGUGAUUUGUUCUCCCUUCACUCUGGGGCUCUCUCCACCCUCUGCUCAGUAAAUGUGUUAUGCUGUUUCCGGCCUCAGGGUCUCUAGGGCACUGUGCUCUGUGCAUGUGGGUCUCGUGUCUCCUCUCAUGCUGUGUCUGGAGAACCCUUGCUGUCUAUGUCUUCUCUUCUCUGUGGUCUGGAUAUUGCUGCCCUUUACUAAUUAACUCAAGAAAUCCCCUUGGGACAGAUAUCAAUAUAUUUCUUCUUAGUACGAUUAUUCUUUAUUUAUGUAUCUCAUAGCAACCAUCAGAUUGUGCCGGGACUGUUUCUCUGUCUUUUCAGCACCGAGCUGCCAAUUACUUAAGGAUCACAGUCCUUUUUGGGGGGGGUUAGGGGGACUGCAGGGUAUUAAUAAGUAGUGCCGGCUGGUUUGAAACUUGUCAGGUAGACCAAGCCAGCUUCAAAUUUGCAACAAUCUUGUGUUUGCCUGUCUGCAGCUGUCAUUACAAGCAGAUGCCACUAGAGGCCCAAAUUAUCUUUUUAGUCAUUAUAGGUCCAGGUCUCAUCACAGUACUUUGUUAAUAGUUGUAAAGGAAUAAACACAUAAUAAUUAUAAUCUUCUCUUUAGCCUGACUGUAAUUUUCAUAAGUAUCUUUGCAAAAUUCUUGUUCAUUGGAUACUAAUUACUUACUUGUGUAGCUUAGAAAAGUUCCAUAUCUAAAGGCACGCUGCCAGCAUUUGGUGAAAAGUUUGAACUCAGGUCAUUUGAUGCAGAGGCCAGGCAGAGGAGACAGAUGGGGAGUGGAAGGGGAAGGGGGGGGGGGGGGAAGAAGGAGGGGAAGGAGAGAGCAAGGGAAGAGAGAGAGGUGAGAUCAUGUACAUUAAGGGCUUGCAAAGACUUGUAUGUGUGACUAAGGAUAGAUUCAUGGGAGGGAGCGGUGGGAUUCUGGCAUGAAGAGUUGGUGGCUGAGGCUAAAUUACUGUAUCCCAAUACAUCCUGAUAAAGCUUAAAGCUUCUGUUCUAUGGCUAAUAGAAUUCACUCAAGAUUUAAGCCUUAGAAUGAUAUAACGCUUAGAAAGGAAGCUCUGACUGUGUGUAUAACAGGAAGCUGGUACAGGUAACUGAGACUGUUGGGCAGCUGCAAGAGCAGAAAUCAAUUGGAUAACUCACUCAACAGCAUUUACUAUGGCAACCUUGACCUCAGUUAGAAUUUGGAAACACUCUUUUUAGCAAAAACAUUUUGUUAUCAAGUAUCUACAUAUGUGUCCCAUAGAUGAGUGAUAUCUUUAUGUGUGUUCUUUGGUGUGCACUAAUACACUAUCAUUUUUUAAGUGUCUCCUGCUAUGAUUCUAUAACAUUUAGACAUAAAAUUAGAUACCACCAAUUUAUUAUAGCUCUAAUAAGUGCACUGUUUGCCAAGUCCCCCCUCCUCAGGUGUUCCUGAGGAACCUACUAAUUAAGGGUUUUAUGUUGGUAAGUGGCUAUGAAGUUUAGCCUAGGGAGUCUGUUUUGAAUAGCAUUAGGAAAAGAAGGCAGUGUCCAGCACUUGGUGCUGAAAUGGUAACAGGGCAGCUUGGUUAUCCACUGUUCUUUUGUUUGUGUGUUUGUUUUGUUUUUAAAUUCACAUCAAGCAAACCUCAGCGUGCACAUGGCUUUUUGUGACAUUUGUUUCUUUCUUUUUUUUUUUUCCCCUUCAUUUCAGUUAUAUUCUUACUGGGAAAGUUCUAAAACACACACACACACACACACACACACACACACACACACACACACACAUCCUGUUUGCACUCAUUAUACUGUAUUGGGUCUUCACAGUGAUACUAAUGUUUUUCUUUCCUCUUGCUUGGGAUUUCAAGACGUGGGACAUUCAGAACUAAGCAGGAUUUGAUAGAGAUUAAUGGGAUCUUUCGAGUAUUAUCAACAUUAUACUUUUGCCAUCUUAACAACGUUAACCAGACUAUAAUCUCUCCCUGCUGCGUGUUAGUCCUGGGCUGUUCUGGUUGGUAUACGUACAUUGACACUAAGGUAAGUUGGCUGCCUUUACAAAUGGGGAAACUGAGGCCAAGAGAGGGAGUAAGUGACAUUCUCAAGGUUACACAUCUGGUGAGUGACAGACUCUGCACCCAGUUUCUGUUUCAUCUGGCUCAAAAUUCUACACUCAUCCCACAAAUGGUUUUCUCUAACUAUUGAUGCUGUGGAUGAGUAUGUGAGUGAGGGCCAUAUAACUAUCUAAAAAAAAAAAAAAAAACCAGAAGAUCAGGGCUAUAGGAUUUCUAUUUUCGAAUGUUACAAAUUUUUAUUUUAGACUACAAAAGUUUGUCAAAAUUAUAAAUGUGAUUUUUUUUAAAAAAAUGUUUCAAAUAAAGAGUUGAUUGUCUUGUUUCAAGUUCAUGGGUUUUCUGUCUCUAGCUUUAAGACAAAAUUGGCUGCAGCCUUGGCGAGAUGUCGAAUCAAACACGACGCCCUCUCGAUUUACCAUAUUCUGCCAGAGACAGUUAGGAAACAGGAACAAAGGGCCUCAACUUUGCCUCUUUAUGCUUGGAUAAAUACCAGUAAAAUAAGGUAAACUACUAUUUAUUCUCAUUGUGAGUCUGAAUAACCCUGUGUGCCCAAAGAAUCCUUACACCUGAAGAAUGAAACCUCAGGGGGAUUUAAAAGCCCGAGGGUCGAGGGUCGGUCCCCUCGAAUAAAGUGCGUCUCUCUCCUGCCACCGUUUUCAUUACCAUCAGGCCUCCAGGUCCCCUGACAAAUCUCGAAGUCUUGCCGUCCACUCUGUGAAGGCUUUGAUAAACAUCGAUGAUGAUGUCCUAAUGGUCAACACGGGUUCGUGGUACACAGUUGCCCAUAUGUCCAUCUUAACAAGUGGUCACACUUCGAAAAUCUUUGUAUGUGGAAUACAACAAGAAGAGAAGGAUUUUAAUGCGAGGAAACUUUUUACAAGAAUGGGAUGUCAAAAUAUUGAAAUACUUCACGAAACAUUUCUUAGCAUUGAAUCCAAAGAUCACCGGUUACAGAAUGUGAAGGUCAUUCUGUUGCUACCUCGCUGUUCCAGCCUCGGUGUCAGCAACCCAGUGGAAUUCAUUCUAAAUGAACACGAAGAUAAAAGUUUACUUCAAGAUCUUUCUCAAGGUGGUCUACCGAAAGAUAAACUCGAGACUUUGGUUCAGCAGCAGUUUGAACAGCUAACACACGCAAUGAAAUUUACCAAAGUUCAAGCAAUUGUCUAUUGCACAUGUUCUGUUUCUAAAGAGGAAAAUGAAGACGUUGUUGAGAAAGCACUGGAAUAUCAAAGCUCAGGGGUUAAAAUGCAACCUUACAGACUCAGUCCUCCUGUUCUCCCACUGUGCACCCUAAAAGAGAUAGAACUGUCUAUGGAUAGAUUCUUCAGAUUGGAACCAUCUGAUAUGAACAAUGGCUGUUUUCUUUCUAUCUUAACAAGAGAGCGGGACCCAUCUGAGACAGUGUCAGUGAAAGACGUUCUGGCCAGGGCAGCAGCCAAAGGUCUACUGGAAGGGGUUGAGGUUGGGAAGACGCUCAAAAGGGACAAGAAGAGGAAAAAAUCGAAAGCACUGCCAUCCAGGGCUCCUCACCAUGGGGACCCACUUCGCGACCAUUUGGCAGUGGAUGGUAACGACACCAGCAACGUCCAAAUGAAAAUCUCCGAGCUCUUGCACCGAGAAAGCAAGAUAAGUACUUCAACAAAAAUGUCCGCCCCAGCAAAGACUGUGUCUCAAGCCGGCACUUCCUCCCAAGUCAGAAAGCCCAGCAAGCCUUUAUCGACCCCACUGGUGAGGAAUUUUUCCAGGCCGGUAGAAAGGCCAACGAACUUUGUGAGAGCGCGGCCAGAAGGCAAAGUGAUUCCUUUGAAACCAAUUGAAAUCGUUCUGCCGCCAGUGAUAUUCCCAUUGAGUUCCCAGGGGCCCAGGGUUCAGAUGCCAGCCACCCAUUUUUAUUACCGCUUCAUUGGAUCAAAGGUUGGUGUGCCCCGCUAUCUUACAUCCUCAACAUCCAGAAGAAAGGAGAAGGUUAAGGAGAGCACAACUUCCUCCCACGUCAGGCACCCUAGACCAUGGCUCUGACUGUGUGGCCCUUGUGACAGGGUGGCUGGGCUUUGUCCAGUUUUAGAUACGGUUACACAAGGUGCUGGUGCUUGCGGUUGCUUAGUGUCCUCUAGUGCAAUGUAACCUCCAGAGAGAAUGAAAGACAGGUGAGGAGUAACCCUGGAGGGGCCGAGCUAAGCCAAGCUUUCAGCAGUGCUGUGCUAUUAACCUGUUCUAGGAAGUCCAGUUGCAGACUGGACCAGCUGUUAGACCUUGUCUCACUCUUGGGAGGUUUCAAGUAUGGGCGGAGCAUGGCUGUCUUACCUGAAGGGAAGCCAGGACCCCUUCCAGUAGGUUGAUUUGCAGACCUGACCGAGGGGCUUGGUAGAAAGUCCCGAGACACAAAGGAUGCUGUUCUUUCCAGCCUGCUCCAGCUCUAGCCAGGAACCUGCGGGCACUCCUUAGCUAGGCAGUUACUGUAGCUGAAACCUCUCCAAAGCCAACUGAGGCCAGCUUUUUCCUUAAGCAUCCUACUGCUCCUGAGAGAGGACAUGCCAGGAGGUUCUCUAGUGGCCUGAGCUUUGAGUACGGUAGGAAGCCCAGGAAAUCCCAAGUGUCAGAUGUGCACAGUCCAGAUGUUCAUUCAGAAACUGUUUCUGGAGAGACUCCUGGAUCCCGAGUAGACUAAGCAUGAUAAUCCCUCCCUUCUGUUUAGGCCAAACAUUGUUGGAAAGAGGACAGCAAGCAAGAUUCCACCUAGGGAUUCUUACUCUGAGAAAUAGGUCUCAACUGUCGAACAGAAGCAGAAACUCAGAGGUUUCUGAUUCUACACGAAGAUCAGGUGGCACAGCCAAACGUAGACGUCAUUUCAAGGGCACACGGGGACGGAACCUUGGGGAACUCAUUUCUGAUGCACAGUUAGAAUAGAUUGCAGCACUAUGUUAAUUACAUUAAAUGUCACCACUCUUAGCUAUAGUAACCAUUGCCUAGUAAUACUGACAUGAUUAUCAUUUCUGGGUCUUAAUUUUUUUUUUAUCAUGGCAACAGAAAUUGUUUGACGUUAAAUAAAGUUAUGAUUACAAUUCUUUUUUUUUUUUAAGUUCAGACACAUACAGAGUUUGAAUGUAAAGCUUUAUUUUCAGAAUGCAACUGCAUAGAACUGGGCGUUCUAAACGCUCGGUUCAGGUAGCAGGGCUCCAGGAGACUGGGGUGUGUCUGAGCUCCAGUGGUCUUUUUUUUGGUCUCACUUGAGGUGGGAAGGACAGAGGAUUGGGGAGGGGGGGUUGCUUUUCAUAGUACAGUUUUAUUUUAGGUAAAGAUUUAUAUUUUUCAUUAAAAGCUGAGUGAAGAAAACGAGUUUUGUACUUCAAGAGGCUUACAUGUAUAUUCUGGAGAGUUUUUGCUAGUUGAUUCUUUACAAGUAUAGAAAGUGGGGAACGGGCAGAUGGGUUCCCAGUUGCAGUCUAGGCUGAGCUGCACAGUGGACCCUGUCUAGACCCCCGCUGAGCAGGUUCUAGCUGCUAUUUCCCAUCCCUAGCUCUAUAAACCACAAGCCUGCACUGCUCCCAGUGCUUAGACAUCUUACCAAGACAUCAACUACGCAUCUCUUUGGAUGAUGUGUUUUAGGCUGCAGCCCAACCUGCCAUUUCAUCCCAGGAAUGAGAGCUCAGGCUGAAAAAACCUUCCCUCUCACGUCGAUUUUCUGGGCUCACUCUCGUGGCUCCAUAGAAGUUCAGGGUAUUUUCUAACCUCUAGUGGCAUGUGUUUCCUGCCACGUGACCCUUGGGCGUCUCCUAAUAUGUAUCUCGGCACUAAAUUCGUCUUCUCUUUGCCCAUUCAUAGAGAUUCUGCUCUUCUUUAGGACUCUUCUAGGGAGGACAGGAUCAAUAAUUUCCUGAUAAAGUAAGAAGAGAAACAGGAUAAAAGCAACCUAAGAGAACUCUAGUGAAGACGGCUGAGCACACUGUCUUUUAACUGGCAUUUUACCUGCUUGAGCUUCUUAAAAGUGUUGGCAAAAUAAAAAAGAAUCAAACUACUAUAGUAUUCAAAUACCGCCGUAACGAUUCAUAUCUUUAUUUAUUUACUUUGUGGUGCUGGGGGUUGAGCCCAGAGCCUUGCCCCAAACAAGUUCCUAUUUUUUACCUGAAACUGUUUACCAGUGUAAACCCCCUGAAAGCAGGGUGAAAUGUUGUCCAUCGAGAGUGUCUUUAAUAGCAUAAGAGAAGAUGGGGUGUGGGGGAAUACAUCUAUAAUCCCAGUACUCAGGAGGCUGGGCCAGGAGGAUUGCCAUGAGUUCAAGGCCAGUCUGGGUUACAGAGUGAGAUCUAUCUCAAAGACCAGACAACACAACACAGCGAAUGAACAAAACUUGGGUACUCACUUUUAUUUGUCUCCUACAUGUCAGGGAGUUAAAAGAGCCCAAAUGACAGAGUUAUCACCUUUCAUUUUGGAGUUAAUGGCUCCCCGUCUCUGUUCCUCAAUCUUAGAAGAAUGAAAGGCUGACUCUGUGUGUGUGUGUGUGUGUGUGUGUGUGUGUGUGUGUGUGUGUGUGUGUGUGCAUGCUGAAAUGCCUUAAUCUUAAAAGACUGCUUAACAAAAAAAUUCCAGCUGCUGACAAGAUGCGAUUGUGUGUUCAGAAUGCCACUUCACUGUACUGACUAAAAACGUUCAAGGAACCACUUCCAAGUUCUUAAUAGGUGGGAAGACACAAACACUAACGAAAGCAGAACCUCCCAUUACUAAGGUGAUUUUUUUAAAGGUUUAAUUUGAAGUAAGAAUAAUACAGAAAAUAAAAUUACUGCAGAGACAUUAAAUUUGUAUUUGUUUCUUAUAUAUGCUGUCAGAUCAAGGAGUCAAAGAUUUUAUGCAGUUACAUUUAUUCCCAGGACAUUUUACAUGAAAAUGUGUAAACACAGUCAACAGCAAAUGGCAACACAAAGAAACAAGAUGUCUUUCCAGGAGGAAGUGGCCGAUGUGGCUGCCUGGCGAUGUCUUCACCGCCUUGCAGUGCCAACCUUUCCCCUGACACUUUUCAGGGACUAAACACAGAUCCCUGCAUGUUGUACAAGAGCCGUGCCACUGGGCCACACUGCCAGCAUGCUGAAACAGGUCCAAUUACUUUUUUUUUUUAACUGGCUGUAAACACAUCAGAUGUUAGGUUAAACUGGGCCAACUAGAGAGCUUUUGGUUUCAUUAAACUGUGCUGAUGUCAGGGAGACGUGGUUUCUGGAGUCUUGUGUUGCAAUGUUCAUAAAGCGAAUGUGCCACACACUCAGGGGAGUUUUGGGGGCUGCAAGUUAAGAGGCCCAGUUUUGAGUAGUUUGUUAUGUGUCCUUCUUAAACACCUAAUGUGGAUUAAAAAAAAAAAGAAAAAAAAUUAGCAGUGCCAACAGUUGUAUCACCAAGAAUUUGCUUUAAUGGAAGUGGGCCUAAUGUCCCUUCGUGCAGUAAGACAGACAGACAAAUAAACAAAACAGUGGCUCUAGUUAGCUAUGGGUGGCCUUGAGUCCAGGCAGAGACGAAGGGCAUGUGGCUCUGUGUAUAUUUUUGAUGAAAUCACACGUGUUGUGAAGAUAUAAAAACGAAGCACCGCACAGUGCCUUAGUCUACAAAGUAGAGGUCUUCGCCAGACGGCAUGUCGGCUGCCCCCUAGAUGCUUCCAAGGGGCACGCAGAUAAGGUGGUAAGGGUGCAUCUAUCUAUCUGCUUUCAAAAAAUAAGAGGAACUUUAAGCAUUUUACCUUCUACAUAUUCCAACAGAAAUGUGACUGCAAACCAUCACCAAACCACCUUUCAGGCGAUGGAUAUAGUUCACUGAGUUACUUUAAGACCUGGAUACAAGGACAUCAUACCCAGUAAAGAUAAUACAGCAACACAAUAAUGCAGUAUAUUUCAGUAAAAAUAGAAUAAAUAAAAUAAAAAUAUUUCAAGCUGUAUUUAACAGGUUAAUUAAAAAAAAAAAAAAAAGAUAAGACACACAAGGCAUCGUGAACAUGGCUGCCUGUUUACCGAACCACGGAUAUAAAGAAUGCAUAGGUAACGAAAGUAUCACAGAGACCUCAGGUAAAACAUCAGCAUCCUCUCACAGACAAAUACAAACAGACUUCCAUACAUACUUUUUGGCCAUGGCAGAAAGUGUCUGAACAUAUUGUUUAACAUAAUUCAUUUUACCAAAAAAAAAAAAAAA